GGUCCAACGGAUGUGCGGCUCAGUUUUGACGAGUGUCCCAUCAAUUGGGAAGAUAUGGCGACUGUGGAUCAGGAAGGAAGCGGGUCAGAUCUCAAACAUGACGCCAUUGAAAGUGGGAUGGAUGAGAAACAAGAUGAAAAAACUCAUAAUCAUGAAAACAAGCACGAAGGUCAUUCCCAACAGAAUUGCCUUAAAACAGUGUUCGUGAUCUUAGGCAUAAUUGGAGGGAUAGCAGCUGUAGCACUAAUAGUCUUAGCAAUAUUAACAUCGAUAGCAACGAAGGCGUAUGAUGCUGAACAGUCCAGCAGGAUGGUGGCCAUGGUAUUCAUGGCGGUGUUAGCAGCAUUCACAAUAUGCACCAUCAUCUAUGGAGAAGUCGCUGUUUUCAAAAAACAUUCGAGACCUGUUCAUGUGGCAGCUGUGGUGCUACUACUUCUUGCAAUAGUGCAGGCAUUGAUUGCUGGCAUAUCUGUGAAUGUGGAACCAGCUGAUGAGGCUAAACUCCUCAAGUCACUGACAGAUUCCUUUAAGCAAUCUCGAGAAGAAAACCCGAGGCAUGUGAAGAUGUGGGCGAUGACCCAGUCAGAUUUGAACUGUUGCGGUGUCUACAGUCCAGAAGACUACCGAAGCUCGAAGCUGCCUUACUACUUUCCGCCAAACGUGCCAAUCUCUUGCUGCCCCACUUACGACUCCUCUAGGUCUGAUCUAGUGCAAGAAAGAGAUAGAGAACUCUGCAAAGUAAAACAGACUUACUACACUGAUGGGUGCAAGGACCUCGUUCUCAUGGUAUUUAAGGAGACUUCGUCGAUGGUGUUCAGUGUAUCAAUUUUACUUAUAUUUGUUGCAGGUUCUGCUAAUAAUAAUUGGUGCAGUAUUAUGCAGAAGAGAGACAAAAUAAUCAACAAAGUAAUUCGUCUUACGACAGUAUUUCUCUUAAUGUAUUUAUGGAAAAUAAAUGAGAAAUGUUAUGUUUGA